UUUCAGCCCGUCUGCAAACUGGAGCUGGAGCGAGCGAACGUCGGAAAUAUCGUUGUCUGCCGAGUGACCAAUUCUCGGAUGAAUUGUAUUCCAGUCGACGUGCCGCUGCCAUUACGGGACGAACGUAGUGUGUGUGGGGUGUGGGGGCAAGUUUUGUCUCUCGGGGAGCCAGUUAGCUUGGCGUUCAUCCUAGCUAGCUAGCUAACUCGUGCGAGCUUGUUUUUUUUUUUUUUUGUAUUUUUCUUUUUUGCGCCACCCUUUAGAAGCUCGACAGCAAAAUGGCUUGUGAACCCAAUCGAGUCCGGCUGCUAUGCAUGCUCUCGUUGACUUUCGUCUUCUUCAUCGUGGAGGUGGUGGUGAGCCGCAUCACCGCAUCCCUCUCGAUGCUGUCGGACUCCUUUCACAUGCUGUCGGACGUCAUCGCCUUGGUCGUGGCUCUGGUGGCGGUGCGCUUCGCCGAGAAGACCCAAGCGACCGACAAGAACACGUUCGGCUGGAUCCGGGCCGAGGUGAUGGGGGCGCUGGUGAACGCCGUGUUCCUCACGGCGCUGUGCUGCACCAUCGUGCUGGAGGCCAUCGAGCGCUUCACCGAGGCCCAUGAGAUCGAACGGCCGCUGGUGCUCGCCGCUGUGGGCUUCGCGGGGCUUCUCGUCAACCUGCUCGGGCUGUGCUUGUUCCACGGGCACGCCGGCGGAGGACACGGACACUCGCACGGGGGGAAGAAGGGCAAAAGUGCCAAGGCUCACCGGGCUGGCAACGGAACUCCUGGAGAGACCAACAAUCUAGUGGGGAACCACAGCGGCUGCGGGGAAGCAUCGCAAACUACCGACAUCAGUCCUAAAGAGAGCACAGAGGUGCAGAUCAACGGUGGCGCCCAGUACGAAGAGAUGGAGCACGAGUCAUCCUCGCAGCUCAACAUGCGCGGAGUCUUCCUCCACGUGCUGGGCGACGCCCUGGGCUCUGUCAUCGUCGUGAUCAACGCUCUCAUCUUCAUCUUCGUGUGGCAGCCCUGCAACAAAGACGAAAUCUGCAUCAACCCGUGUAUUGAAAGCCACGCCACCGACCACUAUCACAAUAACCACACCCUGCUGGAUCUCCUGGAGGGCCCCACGGCGUCCAGCACCAAGGUGGCGGGGCCCUGCUGGGUGCUCUACCUGGACCCCACGCUCUGCCUCAUCAUGGUGUGCAUCCUGCUGUACACCACGUACCCGCUGCUCAAGGAGUCGGCCCUCAUCCUGCUGCAGACAGUCCCCAAGCAAAUCAACAUCCAUCGCCUCAACGAGCGUCUGCUGAAUCUGGACGGGGUCCUGGCCAUCCACGAACUGCACGUGUGGCAACUGGCGGGCAGCCGCAUCAUCGCCACGGCGCACAUCAAGUGCCACGACCCCACGUCUUACAUGGAGGUGGCCAAGCGAAUCAAAGACUUCUUCCACAACGAGGGCAUCCACGCCACUACCAUCCAGCCUGAGUUCGUCACGUUCAGUUCCGAGUCCCAGGACUCCCUGUGCGAGCUCUCCUGCCGGACUCAAUGCGCCCCCAAGCUGUGCUGCGGCGCCGGCGACAAGCAGAACCCCGCGACUGACAAGAAGGCGGUCGUCGACCUCAGGGCGAUCGGCGAGACUUCGGAGCCGGCCGCCGUGCCUCUGGUGCAGCCGCAUGUGAUCGUCACGUCGGAGGUGGAGUCGUCUCUGUGAGAUACUAGAUGGACAGCUGUCGGUCAGUAUUGGAAAAAUGGCUGCAGCGUUACCACCGAGCAAGCGUUCGUUCAGCCUCAGUCUUUCUUCACAAGCCUCCUCAAUCUGCAUAUCAUUUUCGAAAAAUGAAAAAGCGACUGAUUUGUUUUUAAAUCAAACCCAAAAAAAAAACCAAAAGUUGACAGAUUCUUCAGAUUUACAUUUUUAUCUUAGAUCAAAAAUAAGAAAUUGAAAAUAAGAUAAUAGGACUCAUUUUGAUAUUAAUAUGAAUUGGUCAUGGUUACAUGACCUGCAAGUUUGGUAACAAGCACCUGUAAAGAAGUGUUAGCUUGUUAGUAGCCACCAUUAGCCAGGACCAAUCAAAUGACUCAAAUCAAAACCGUUAUUAAAACCCAUUGAGACUGAAGUCUCUUUUUCGAACAGUGAUCUGACCAAUAAUGUAUAGUUUUAGACCAGUGUUUCCCAACCUUUAUUAAACCAAGGCACAUAUUUCUCUUUAGAAAGCUGUCACGGCACGACACUUAAGAACAAUCUUAAAUUGAAAUUAAAUGUUUCCCGUGGCACACCUGAUGAUCUUUCAUGGCACACUGGUUGGGACUCACUGGUUUAGACUGAAGGGGUGUUGAAGUCAUUUUCAUCGCGGGUCGUAAUGAUAUCCAUCCAUCCAUCCAUUUUCUUUACUGCUUAUCCUCACUAAGGUCAUAUAUGAUCUAUAAUAUAAAUGUCACCUCAUUAUAUUAUUAUGUCAUCUAUUUCAGACAUAAUGCGUACUAGUUACAAUUUGUCCUUUAUGGAAUACUACUAAUGGAUCGUGGUCAUAGGGAGGACUGAUUGUGGCAGCUAUAAGCUAACAUAUCUUUCACUAAUGCUCGUUACCAAACUGCUGGGUCGCGUAAACAUGACCAGUUGUGGCCCGUUUUCCAAUUUUGUAUUUUUAAUCCGAGGCAAACAUUUUAAUAUGAAAAAUCUAAAUUAUUUGUGUUAGAUUAAAAAAUUAAUGAGUUACUUUUUCAUUUUUUGAUUACCAAUUGUAAACGGAAAGAACGAAUAAUACACAGAUUCUUAUCGUCGUCAGUGGCAUGUCGGGGUUCGCUGACUUUGGAACCUUGUCCCAUGGUGUUGCUCUGCGAAAGCUUCUCUCUUCAGGACCUCCAAAUGUCCUCUUUCACGGCAUACUCAUUUCAGCCUGUUGACUAUUUUGUGUGUAUUCUCUUAACCCCCUGACCCCUAAAAAUGGAGUAUUGUAUUGCUUAUUUAAGUUAUUAGAAAUAAUCUAUUUCUCUCUUUAGAUGCUGCUUUUCUUCUCUCUUUGGCCCACCAUCUAUGCCGGUAGUUAGAUUUUUGGCAUUUUGGGAUAAGAAACUGGAUAAACACCUCUUAGCCUGCCUUGCGCUCACUGGCAAUAGUACCGAGUGUAGUUGAUGUAAACUGUGCAAUGACACGGGCGCUUUAAUUCAAGAUUUAAUGCAUCGCGUUGCUAAGAAACCGGCCCGCAAUGUCGCCAGUCACCGUUUUUUUGGGGCGUAUUAUGUUGUCCAAACUGAGACCUGGUGCUCCGUUACAAGACCUCCAAGGUGCGUCUUGCCGGAACUCUCCCCCAAGCAUACAAACCACUGUCAGAGUUCGGCUGUCCAGUGCUGUGGAUGGCUGAGCACCAAAGUCCUUAUAGUGGCCUUGAAAUUGAAUUUAUUGUGGUGGGGGGGGGUCAUCUCCUUUUUGUCACUUAACAAGGUGCAAUUGAGAAUUCUACUCCUGAUUUAAUGUAUAUGCAAUGUAAACAAAUAUGAGCUGGGAAAUGUAUUUUGACGUGUUCCUUCAUUUUUAUAAUGUUCAGUCACUUAUACACUGUGUCAUUGAGCACAUGUUUGUGGCUUUAUGUGAAAAAUAAAGUUGCUGGUUUUUUAAUUAUUAUUUUAGAUAUGACAUGUCAGCUGAUGUUUCUACGGUUACUGUCUGCUGUGUCAUUGUGAGACAAAAAAAAUAUAUGGCUGUUUGGUACAGUUGAUAACCUCAAAUGUGUCUCUUGCUCUUUUGUAUCUUCAACAGGAAUGAUGGGCAUAAGAAAUUAUUGAUUGAGAAUUUGGUAAAGUGUGCGGAAUUGAUUGAGCGAUCUUGUGAAGCAUUUGAGGCUAAAAUGGAUUUUUCUGCAAACAUCAUAGGUGCUGUUGAUUUAGUCUCGACUAAGCAGUACAGAAAAUGGAUCGAUAGAUGGAUGGAUAGUCUAAAAUACAGUGGAUAGAAAAAGUCUACAACCCCUGUUCAAAUCCCAGGUUUUUCUGAUGUGUAUAUAUAUAUAUAUAUAUAUAUAUAUAUAUAUAUAUAUAAGAGACCAAGAUAAAUCAUGUUUUUUUUUUUUUUUUUUCAUGUGACCUAUAUAUAACCUGUACAACUCAAAUGGGGGAAAAUAAUGUUUGGAGAGGGAGAUGCAAAAAAACUACUGAGAUAAUUUGGUUGCACAAGUUAGCCCAUCCUUUUAUAACUGAGGAUGUGAUUGUGUCAGAACCAAUCGCAUUCAAAUUCUUGCUACAUGAGAGUCAGUGUAGUACUAAGGACACACCUGCCACCAUUUAAAGUGCCUCUGAUUAACCCCAAAUAAAGGUCAGCUGUUCUAGUAAACAUUUUCUGACAUUUUUUUCAAUCAGAAGCCUAAAGUUUUAAACAGUUCAUAAUUCCUUCCACUUUGAUUAAGGCCCCAGUUCAAAGCAUGAUGCUGCAUCAGAAUGCUUUACUGUAGAUAUGGUGUUUUUCUGGUGACGAUGAGCAGUGUCAGGUUUGCACCAAAUUUACCUUUUGGAAUUAUGGCCAAAAGGUUCAGCCUUGGUUUCAUUGGAUUUAAAUAAAAAAAAUAAAUACAAAAAAAGUGGGAAUUAUGAACAGUUCAACAUAGCAGUCAGUGCUAACAAAAAAAGUGUGAGCUAGAAAAAUCAAUAAAUAAAAAGUACAAUAUCAGGAAAUGUCUCCGCACACCACAAGAUAAUCACUCAGGGCUAUCUUUUCGAGACAUCGAAAGGGAGGCGAAAUGCUCAAAUUCAGUCUGAUUAGUGUAAUGUUUACUGCACUUUAGGCCUUCAUCCACGCUAUGGCAACUUCUCUGGACAGCAUAAUUCGGCUCAAUACAAUACAACAUUGUAAUAGGAGUUCAGAACAUUCAGAGAGUAGAAUGAAUUGAUUGAUAGUUUCUCCCAUAGUUGAUGGUCUUCCUAAUCAAAAUGAAUGAUUUUAGAGCCAAAAUUUCUGUCCCUGGCAACUUUAGCCACUCCAACUAAACUUGUGUUAUAUGUGUGUGUCCAAGGCCAAACAAGACAAUUUGUCUUCUUCUUAAGUUGAUUCAGUGCAAUACAUUUGCACCCAUCACAGGCUGCCACACCUCAACAAUGUUUAUUCAGCAGCUCUGAGGCAGAGGAGUUGCUUUUACUUUCAUAAUAAGUCAGUGAAUGAGCCAGUUGUCCGUGAGCCCCAUCGUCGCUAAGCGUUUGAUUUCAUUACAGUGUGCAGUUCUUCGGGUUUCUCUCAAACAUUAUGAAUGGUACCAAAAUAACUUGGCUUACCAAUUGUAUAACUAUGAUACCUAAAAUGUAGCACUAGACACACUGAAGUCUAUUAAAUAGGCAGCAGAGCAUUGUCACUUAUGUUAUACUACAGAAAUAAAUUUGGAUGAACUCAAAAGGUGCCAUGAAUACAUGGCUACCAAAUUUCCUCAAAUUGUUGCCUCAGCUCUAAUAGACACCAUGCUUCAAUCAUCAGGUGCCUCAUUUACUUUUCACUUGACCAAAUAAGCGCUGCGCCUCAAAUAGAGGCUCAAAUAAAAUUACUAAUAAUCGCUAUUGUGUCACGGUGGACAUGUUUACCAUGACAUCCGUGAAAUCUGACAUUUGAAGGGAAAGUAUUUCUGUGUGCAGUGCAUUAGAUUGUAAUAUGACUCUAUCCAUUUUCUGUAGUAUAACGUUUCCAUACAAACACUAUGUAAUAGAAAACCACGCAGCAAUGUUUACAUUUUUUAUUUUUUUUGGGGGGGGGGGCGCAAUGCCCCCCUGUGUGGCUGCACAUAAUACACAUGCCAGAAACUGCCAUGAUUACAGAUUGGCUGCUGACCAUUCGAUGGGCGACCGAAGGGUCUUACAUAAGCGGCAUUGCAAAGGCAACAUGCACACAGGGCUUUACCCAGCAUUCCUGUGUGGUGGUGGGGGGAACUUGUUUCACAUUAUCCAUGCAUAGAAUGCCGCUUUGUGUGCGCUCGCUCUUAACACCAGGUGUUCUUUGCACCUUGCCUGCGGGCUAUUGUGGAUGUGAGCAACAUCAAAAAGCAAGUCAGAAUGCCGCCCGUGUUUCCACUUCAGAUCCGAGCGUCAGCAACAAGAAAGAAAGAUGAUUGUUUGGUUUUGCUGAAAGCCACAUGAGCGCCCUCGCCACCCCCUUUUUCAUGGUGAAUACAAUGAGUGAACCCCACUUCACCUCAGGAAUAUGUUUUAGGGCCAUAAAAAAAAGUGUUGCUCCUUCCUCUCUUUAAACACAUUUGAACAUAGUCAAACACACUUAAACUAAUUUAAAAAAAAAAAAAAAAUAUAUAUAUAUAUAUAUAUAUAUAUAUAUAUAUAUAUAUAUAUUGCUUAGCAUCACUUCUGACUCUCAUUAGCACAGUUCAUCAAAUAAGAGGCAAUGCUUUCUUGCGGCAAGCUUUUUUGCAAGCCAUGUAUUCAUUACACAGGUGAAGUUUACUGUAAAACUGACCCAUAAAACAAGAGAAUUGAACAUUGUCAUUGUGACCGUCACAAUGCAGUUUCAUCGGCCGAAAGUCUACCAUCUUAAUGCAAACAUAUAUUGCAAAACGACAUACACAUGCUCAUGACAAUUCACAUAAAUGUUAUGGUAAUUAUAAAUCUUGAAACAAUUGCUGAUUUUCAAACAGGUCAAUUUGACACGCAAUGUAACAAUAGGGUGGAAUUGAACUAGCCGACUGCAACUUAGGCUAACAAAAUGUAAUUAUUUGUUACAUUUAUUUUCAAACAGGUCAAUUUGACCCACAAUGUAAUAGGGUUAAAGGGUUAAAAUAUAUCCGUCUUAAACUAGGGUUAGGGUAAAUUAGACCCACAAAAUAAGUAAUUAUUAAUUAUUAUUAUUAUUUUUUUAUCUUGCAAUGGGUCGUGGGUUGACGCGCAAUGUAACAAAAGUGUUGAAUUAAAGCCCUCUUGAACUAGCCAACUGUAACACAUAUGGUUUGAUAAAUAUAUAUAUAUUUUUUUACGUUUUCAAAUGGGUCAAUUUGACCCGCAAUGUAAAAGAAGCGUUAAAGUAAAUCCUGACAGACAAAAUGUGACACCUAAUGACCCUGAAUGUCUUCGCGGAUGGAACCAUUAAUUUAGAGACUGUAGGUUGCUUGGCAACUCUUCAAAGCUUCAAAUGAACAAUUAACUCAUUUAGUCAAAAUAAUGAUGCGUAUAAUUUCCAGAUACCUGGAGAUUAAAAAAAAUAAUAAUUCAAUUGGGGCUGGUGUCUCUGAUAGGAGUUAGUUAGUCCCAUUUAGCCCUCUUCAAUGCAUGAGCCCUCCUUCCCUAAUUUCUAGUCUGUCCUGUUUGGAAGCACACACACACACGCACACACACACACACACACACUGUAACCAGUAAUGCGACAAGGCUUGAUGUGCUUAAGUUUGGUUUUUUUUAGUUGCCCUUGAGCAAGGCACUCAUAUUGUCGCUCAGGGACAUCUCCAGUACGUUCUCAUCUGCAGAUUAUGAGAGGCAUCUAUUUGGUGACUAAUGUGCCAUCUCUCAGAAUAGCGGCCACUAUUUGAGGAAAUGGGGUAUUUUAGGAGUUCCUGCUUGACCAACAUUGACCUCCAACAUGGCUAUUUAUUGAUAUUUUAUUUCAAUCCUCAUUGAAGCUAUUGCUACUGAUAUAGAUUCUUAAAAGAGAUGAUCGUUUUGACUGUGAAGAUUGUGGAUUAAAAAUGC